UUUACAGAUUUUCUUUCUCUAUUUUUCUUUGCUGAUGGAUCGUGAGGCUCGUAGAAGCAACAUGACACGAAGAUAGGCUCGAAAGGCCCACCUGAUAAACAUUUACAAGGACUUUGAAUCAGCGCAUCCUUAAAAUCCUGUCAAUUAUUGUUGAGCCUGCUGAUGUUGGUGCCACAUUUGAAACGUGAGCACACGUCCACAUCAGCAGGACCUUCUCAUUUGACACCAUCUUUUUACGAGCCUGGUCUCAUCACGAGUUGGGCUUUCUUCUCGUCAUCCUGCUCGGUUUGUAGGUGGCAUGUGGAAUCAUCAGGCUUCUUGUGCAAGGCGGAGGAAAUGCUGCUUCACUGUUUGGAUUCACAUUGAUCCCACGUCCUUGGCCUUGGCUCACCUGAAGGACAAGAUGGACGAUGAAGAUUUGGAGAAAAACAAGCAGGUCUUUAGCACUAAAGGGACGGUCAAUGGCGUCCACUGCCCAACUUCCUCUGCAGUCCCCGGUCCAAAGCUCCCCACGGCUUUGGAGCACCAAGCUAAACCUUCGCUGUUUGGGAAGUACCAGCAGAGCCUGCAGACCCUCAAACCUUUCCGCUGGACUUCAUCACAGCCACACCCUAUGGAUAAUGCAGGGUUCCUGUCCUUCACGUCCUUUGGAUGGAUGACCUCCAUGAUGUGGGCCAUGUUCCGGAACCGGCUGGACAUGGGCUCUCUCAACCUGUCUCCUUUAGACGAGGCCGGGAACAGCACGGAAAGGCUGCAAAGGCUCUGGGAGGAGGAAGUUGCCAAGUUGGGUUGGGAAAAGGCCUCUUUGAGGCGGGUGAUUCUUCGCUUCCAAAGAACCAGGCUGAUUGUCUCCAUCAUUGUUGGCGUUCUUGCCAUGGUGGCAGCCUUUUUGGGGCCGGCUCUUCUGGUCUACCUGCUUCUGGACUACAUCGCCAACCCCUCCGAGUCCAGCCGGUUGCACGGCAUCGGCCUUUGCUUUGCCUUGUUCACCUCUGAGUUCUUCAAGGGCUUCCUCAUCUCGCUGCUGUGGGCCAUCAACCUGCGCACCGCCAUCCGACUGAAGGGCGCCUUCAGCGCGCUGGGCUACCAGAAGGUCAUCUCGCUGCGGGUGCACAGCGGCAUCUCCAUGGGCGAGAUAAUUAACGUUCUGACAAGCGACGGCCACAGGCUGUUUGAAGCCGUCCUGUUCGGGAGCUUCGUGAUCUCCUCCCCAGUGCUCUUUUUCGUGUGUAUCAUCUACGCCUGCUACAUCCUGGGCUUGACGGCGCUGAUGGGGGUCGGCACCUACCUCGUCUUCAUCCCCGUCCAGUUCGUCCUGGCCAAGAUGAUCAACAGGUUCCGCCACAAAGCCAUUUUGAUGACGGACAGUCGCGUUCGCACGAUGAACGAGGUCCUGAACAGCGUCAAGCUCAUCAAGAUGUACGCCUGGGAGGACUCCUUUGAGAAGAACAUCGCAGAGAUGAGGGAAAGGGAGAAGAAACAUCUGCGGAUGGCCAGUUACAUCCAGAACACCAACACCAGCAUCACCAGCAUCAUCCCGACCCUGGCCACCAUACUCACCUUCAUGGUGCACACCUUGUUGGGCUUAAAUCUCCACACCACGGAAGCCUUCACCACCAUCGCCAUCUUCAACGCCAUGCGCUUCUGCCUGGCUCUGAUGCCUUUGUCUGUGAAGGCGCUAGCCGAGGCCAGCGUGUCCAUCGCACGUCUCAAGAAAAUAUUGCAGAUCCAGAAUCCAGAUCCCUAUUUGACGCACAGGAACAACAGCGACUGCGCCAUCGUGAUGGACAACGCUACUUUGUCCUGGAACACGCCAGGCAGCCACAGCGCCCCCCGUCCCUCCGUGGACAAUAGGGGGAUUGCAACAGCCAAUGGCGGCACGUCAGACAAAGUGAAUGCAGCGUCCCAAGAUGGAGAGUGUGACUUCCUGCCAACCUUGAGGAACAUCUCCUUCACGCUUCCCAAGGGCAACUUGCUGGGCGUCUGCGGCAAUGUGGGAAGUGGGAAGUCCUCGCUGAUUUCCGGCAUUUUGGAGCAGAUGCAUCUUCUCCAGGGCUCCGUCACGGCCGACGGGACGUUCGCCUACGUUUCCCAGCAGGCGUGGAUCUUCCACGGCACCGUGCAAGACAACAUCCUGAUGGGCGGGCGUCUGGACAGGGCCAGAUACGACAGAGUUCUGGACGUGUGCAGCCUCCGAGCGGACCUGAAAAUUCUCCCACACGGUGACCAGACUGAGAUAGGCGAGCGUGGACUGAACCUCUCAGGAGGUCAGAAGCAGAGGAUCAGCCUGGCCCGAGCGGUCUACUCCAGCAAGGACAUCUUCCUGCUGGACGAUCCUCUCUCGGCCGUGGACGCCCACGUGGGCAAACACAUCUUUGAGGAGUGCAUCAAGCGCCAGCUGCUGGGAAAGUCCGUCAUAUUGGUCACGCACCAGCUCCAGUAUUUGGAGUUCUGUGACGACAUCCUGGUUCUGGAGAACGGGGAGGUCCUGGAGUCAGGGAACCAUCAGGCUCUGAUGAAGGCCAAUGGACGCUACGCUCAGCUCAUCAGCGGCUACCAGGCAGAACGGUCCAAGACUCAGACAGAAGAGGAGGAGGCUCCGCCCCAGCAUGCCGCAGAGGAGAUGAGGGAAGUGGAGCUGAGACAUCGUUCAAACAGUGGCAUCGUCAACCAAGCCUUCGACAUAGCAGACGAAGACGAGAUGGGAGUCAUAACCAGCACAAAAGCAUCUGAGGGUGCUGACCAGCUGGUCAGCCAGGAGUCCUCCACAGAAGGUGCCGUCUCCUGGAGAACCUACCGGCACUACUGCAAGGCAGCGGGAGGUUACAUCAUCAUCUUGAUCACCUUGCUGAACGUGGUGGUGAUGAUCGGAUCCACGGCCUUCUGCAACUGGUGGCUCAGUCACUGGCUGGGCCAAGGGGACGGGUCGCCCAACAGGACCACAUCAGACCAGGGAGACAUCUCCAAGAACCCGGACCUACACUUCUACCAGCUGGUGUACGGCAUGAUGGUGGUCGUCAUGGUGACGCUGGCCGUCAUCAAAUGCUUCGUCUACACUCACGUCACCUUGAAGGCCGCCUGCACGUUCCACGACACCAUGUUGAAGAAGGUCAUGGCCAGCCCCAUGAGCUUCUUUGACACCACGCCGACAGGACGCAUCCUCAAUCGCUUUUCCAAAGAUCAGGAGGAGCUGGACAAUGUCCUCCCCCUCCACAUGGACCCCUUCUUGCAGUUCGCUCUGCUGGUCGCCUGCACCGUCAUCAUCGUCUCCACCGUCUUCCCCCCCAUGCUGAUCGCCGUGCUCAUCAUGGGACUGUUGUUCACCCUCAUGCUCUUCAUUUUCCAGAGGAGCAUUCGCCAGAUGAAGAAGAUGGAGAACAUCAGUCGCUCCCCGUGCAUCUCCCUCACCACCUCCACCCUGCAAGGCCUCAGCACCAUCCACGCCUUCAACAUGAGAGACGACCACAUCAGGCUCUUCAAGUCCCUGAACGACAUCAACUCCCACCACUUCCUGCUCUUCAACUCCGGGACACGCUGGCUCGCCUUCCGGCUGGACAUCAUGGCGGCAUCCCUGACUUUGUUGGUGUCUCUCUUUGUGGUCCUCACCAGCAACGAGCACAUCAGUCCAGCGCUGAAGGGGCUGGCCUUGUCCUACACCAUCCAGCUGACGGGUAUGUUGCAGUAUGUGGUGAGACAGGCCACAGAGGUGGAGGCCAGGUUCAACUCGGUGGAGAGGCUUCAGGAAUACAUCACGGGUUGCACGUCUGAGGCUCCCAGACACAGAAAAGACGCUGACAUCCCAGAGGACUGGCCCAAAGAUGGGGCCAUCGCCUUCCAGGACUACAAGAUGAGGUACAGACAGAACACGCCCAUCGUCCUCAAUGGGCUGGACUUCCUCAUCCAAGCCGGAGAGAAGCUGGGCAUCGUGGGAAGGACGGGUUCUGGGAAGUCCUCUUUAGGGGUGGCGCUGUUCAGGCUGGUGGAGCCAGCAGCAGGCAGCAUUCUGAUAGAUGGAGUGGACAUCUCAGCCAUCGGCCUGCAGGAUCUACGCAGCAAACUGUCCAUCAUCCCUCAGGACCCCGUGCUUUUCAUCGGCACAGUCAGGUACAACCUGGACCCCUUUAACAACCACACCGACCAGGACAUCUGGGCAGCACUGGAGAGGACCUACAUGAAGGACUUGAUCUCCAGACUGGAGGGACAGCUUGAGGCGCAGGUGUUUGAGAAUGGAGAGAACUUCUCUGUCGGAGAGCGGCAGUUGAUGUGCAUGGCUAGAGCGCUGCUCCGCAACUCCAAGAUCAUUCUCCUGGACGAGGCCACGGCAUCCAUCGAUGCCGAGACGGACGCCCUGAUCCAGACCACCAUCAAAGACGCCUUUCAGGACUGCACCGUGCUCACCAUCGCCCACCGCAUCAACACAGUCAUGCACGCCGACCGCAUCCUGGUCAUGGACAACGGAAAGGUGGCAGAGCUGGACAAUCCAGACGUGCUGUCCAAAAGGCCCGACUCGCUGUUCUCUUCACUGCUGGCGGCCACGAACACCGUGAGCGCGUCAGACACACUUUGAUGUGCGCCAACGUGCCAGCACUCAUCCUCUGUGACUUUACAUGCAGUGGUCAAAGCAUUAGGUACACCUGCACCGUCCAAUCAGAGCCACCAGCAGUCAUGAUUGUGGUUUAUUGUGCGUGAAACGAAUGCACAGUGCAAGUAUUUUAUAGUGGAUGUAUUGGGGGCUUUUACGGGAUGUGUUUAUGACUGGGAUGCAUUUGGAAGGCGGGUCCUGGGGGGGCUGGCCCCUCCACCGACUGGAAGUGAAAGUAGAAGGAGAGCUAGGAGAAGCCUUCCGCUUUGCUCUCAAUGGGUGUGUCUCUUUUGCCAUUUUUGGCCACGUGAUGGCGCCAUAGGUCCUCAUUUGAGUGUUUUUUUUUUUUUCAUCUCAUCCACUUGAAAGAAAUAAUCCACCACCUUUUUGAGCCUGGAAUUGAUACACGCUGGACACCUUUGAUUCUGAGGUGACGUCUGAGGCUCAUAAAUUGUUUUAUUUUGUUAUAAUGUGAAAUAAAUAUCAUUUCCAAAACGUA